UCAAGACGGAAAUCACUCACAGGAUCUUCAGAGCAUCAAGAGCAAGAGAAAAAAUGAAAUCUGCUGCAGUUUUUGUUCUGUUUGCUGGUCUACUUAUUCUUCAUGUAGAAGGACAGGCCCGUCCCAGCGUAAGGAGAUGUUUGUGUCUGGGUCCUGCAGCUAACGCAGUUCGUCUACAACUUGUGGACAAGUUUGAAGUGUUUCCUGUUAGUGCAUCUUGUGAAAAUGUUGAAGUCAUUGUCACUCUGAAGAACGGAGCAGGGAAAAAGUGCUUGAAUCCCAAUUCUGGAUUUACUCAGAAAUACAUCAUGACAGCUUUAAAAAAAAGGAAUGCAGCAUGAAGCCUGCAGCGUGUCAUGACUGAACAGACGUGGAAGAAGUUGAAAUAUAUUUAAUGUUGAACUGUACAUAUGUUUUAUAUUAUUUAUAAGCCGUAAAUCUGCAUAUUGCUCAAUGUAUAUAGUUUUAGAAGAAAAAUGCAAGACUUUUAAAAAUAUAUUGUUUCUGUGCACUGACAUGAAUUUUAAUAAAUCCAGAACAUUAUAUUGCUUCAGAAAACAA